AAGUCGGACCGUCCGGCAGGCCUGAACCACCAUCGGAAGCGACACCAUCUCCAUCCGCCGCAGCGCUACGCGCCAAAUUCUGUUCGUCUGCCUCGCGACGACAUCAGCUUGUCCAGGCGACUCGACCUGACGCACUCCACCGCAGCGACCGACAGCCGCCCCGAGGAACCAGAUGGGGCUACCUCGAGACCCGACCUCGACAUUUCCCCCCUCAGAGGCACUCCGAUGCUGUCUUGUCAUUUCGCCGGCUCCAAGCGACGUUUAGGCUAUGGCUCCGUGUUGAACGGGGCCGAAGAGACGGACAGAUCGACGCGAUGCCUUGUUGCCAGGAGUGUUGUUGUGCCGAACACCGACUCCGAUGCCGACGUCGACGCCGAUGCCGAAGUUGAGACGGAAGUCAACGCAGAGAUAGAUGAGGAUUUAGAGACCCAUUGUGUAGUCGGUGGCUGCUGUGAAGAAGAACAGGAGGAAGAGGAGGAAGAAGAAGAAGAGGAGGAGGAAGAAGAGGAAGAGGAAGGGGAAGGUGGAAAUGGGCCGAGCUUUGAUACCGACAAGGAAAUGCUGGAUCCCCACGAGCAGACCAAUUCGCACGAACUCACGCCGGCCGACAAGCUGGACGAGGAGUCGGCCUCGGCUUUGAAGCUUGACUACUCGCGUCUCCAGACCGGCGGCGGAUUUGCCUUUCCCACUUUCUCUUCCGCACCUCCCAGCCCUUUUCAUAAAAACUUUCACUCCUCCAUACCCCCACCCCCACAUCACCAACUUGACACCCUUUUGCCGGGACAAAAGAGGAAAUCAACUCAACGGGGAGUGUGUCUUUCUCUCUCCUCCUCGUCCCAUCCACUCUUUUUAUCCUUUCUCCUACCCCGCUUCCUAUUUUCUCCACCCACUCUGUCGAGUGACCCAACCCUCCGUCAGACCCGUUCAUUCGGUCGGCUACACAUACUUCAAAUGGGCACUCUUUAG